CAUGAAAUAAAAAAGCUAAAGUGAGUGGUGUCAUUAUUAAGCGCACCACUGACCAGAAACACGCACCGACCCGAACCCGAACGGAAUCGAAAUGGGUUUCACCGAAUCGAGCCUCCUUCUACCGUCGGGUUCUGGUUCAUCGCCGGCGAAGAAGGUUCCAGAAGACAAAUGGCAGUUAGCAUACAUCAUCUACUUCACCCUCGGCCUCGGUUACUUGCUUCCAUGGAACGCUUUCAUCACCGCCGUCGAUUACUUCUCCUACCUCUACCCCGACGCCAGCGUUGACCGCAUCUUCGCCGUCGUUUACAUGCUCGUCGGUCUCUUCGGACUCUUCCUCAUCAUCCUCUACCGCCACAAGUCACAAGCCUUCGUUCGCAUCAACCUGGGUCUAGCCUUGUUCGUCGUUUCGCUGCUCGUUGUUCCUCUUAUCGAUGCGUUUUACAUUAAGGGUCGGGUCGGGUUGUAUGGCGGUUUCUACGUCACUGCUGGGGCGGUUGCACUUGCUGGUGUGGCUGAUGCGUUGGUGCAGGGGUCUAUUGUUGGCGCCGCCGGUGAGUUGCCGGAGAGGUACAUGCAAGCUGUCAUCGCUGGGACUGGCUGUUCUGGGGUACUUGUUUCUGUCCUGAGGAUAUUUACAAAAGCUGUCUACCCACAAGAUGUCUCCGGCCUGCAAAAGAGUGCAAAUCUCUACUUCGCUGUAUCAAUUGUAAUUAUGUUUGUGUGCAUGGUUUUGUACAAUGUUGCACACAAACUUCCUAUUAUGAAGUACUAUGAUGAACUCAAGAUUCAGGUUGUCAACGCUGAUGAAGACAUUGGUCCCCUGACUGGAUCGGACUGGAGGUCAACUGUAUGGGAUAAUGUGGGAAGAGUCAAGUGGUACGGGUUCGGCAUCAUGCUCAUUUAUGUUGUGACUCUGGCUAUCUUUCCUGGUUACAUUACAGAGGAUGUGCACUCUCAACUUCUAAAGGAUUGGUAUCCAAUUCUGCUUAUCACUGGCUACAAUGUGUUUGAUCUUGUGGGCAAGUCCUUGACUGCAGUGUACCUCCUAGAGAAUGCGAAAAUUGCAAUAGGUAGCUGCAUUGUGAGGUUGUUGUUUUUCCCUCUCUUUUUUGGGUGCUUACACGGUCCCGAAUUCUUCCGGACAGAGAUUCCCGUAACAAUACUGACUUGCCUGUUAGGGCUUACGAACGGCUACCUGACCAGUGUAUUGAUGAUUUUGGCCCCUAAAACUGUGAAGUUGCAGCAAUCGGAGACUGUAGGGAUUGUGUGUGUGUUAUUCUUAGUUAUUGGUCUGGCUUCUGGGUCUGUUAUAGCUUGGUUUUGGGUCAUCUGACCAAGCAACUUGUAUUUAGGACUCAAAAACUUACAUGUAUUAUGGCUUCACUCUAAGCUGGGGUGGGUUUCUGUAUCUUGAACAUUUAAAAAUUUGUAAGCUUAUCUGUUGAUAAUAUUUCUCAAUUCUAAUGAACUUUAUUACCCUUGAACUGUA